AUGGCCGAACCUAUCACUUCCGCUUCCAACGCUGCGGAUGCCGCCGACGACGAGACCUCCCAGAACCUGCCCAACAAUGCCGAGGAUCGUAAAGCCGCGGCUGCCCUCAACUCGCUCAACGCGAAUGCCAUGUCCCAAGAGAAUGGCGAAGGCGCGACCAAACAACCCUCAGCUGCGGAUCAAGAGGCACUGGGCAAGGCAAUGUCGAGGCUAGAGAUUGCUAGCGGCUUAAAGAAGACCGACACAGCGAAAAAGCCCGAGCAAAAGACAGAUGCAGAGCCCAGAAAGAAGAUUAAGAUUGCGAGUGAAGAUGUUACGUUCCUGGUCGAGGAGCUUGAUCUUACCAAGGUGAAGGCCACCGAGCUGCUACGUACCCAUGAAGGAGAUGCCGUGAAGGCUGUCAGAGCCUUCAUCUCUCCACCCAUCCGCGCAUCUUGA